AAUGGGGCCACUUUCAAAAGACUCAUCGAUCGCGAUGCCGACAUCACACUUCACUUUCCGCCGAUCCAAAGUAAAAUAUCCCUCCGGCCAAAUUUGACCGUGGUUGAGUGUCGGUCACUUCGUCUAAACUCCACGUCUUCAUCGCCGCUGCUAAAAGUCAACAUAUAUUCUCAAACUCGACUCCAGAUCUAUUUCACUGUAAUGUGUAAUGUGUAAUUUGUGGAUCCGAGUUUGAAUUAGAGGCGAUGGAUUCGGUGUCGAUCCGUGUUCCUUACAAAAACCUCAAGCAUAAUGCCGAUGCGGAGGUUGAAAUGAUGAGUUUCCAGGAAGAAGCUGAUCCACGGAUCGAAUCCGAUAAUUCGAAUAGAUUUUCUAAUGGAAAUGGCUCCAAUCAUUCCUCUUCUUCACCUCAAGGAUUGCCGACGGAGAAUUGUAGCUUGAUUACGCUGAUUUUGAGCUGUACGGUGGCUGCCGGAGUUCAAUUUGGUUGGGCCUUGCAACUCUCGCUUCUUACGCCUUAUAUCCAGACACUUGGAAUAGGGCAUGCGUUCUCUUCAUUUAUCUGGCUUUGUGGGCCCAUUACAGGUCUUGUGGUUCAACCUUGUGUUGGUAUUUGGAGUGAUAGAUGCACUUCAAAAUAUGGGAGAAGACGACCAUUUAUCUUAGUUGGAUCCCUAAUGAUAUCAAUUGCUGUGAUAACUAUCGGGUUUUCUGCAGACAUUGGAUACUUGAUUGGAGAUACAAAGGAACAUUGCAGUGUGUAUAAAGGUACACGAACAAGAGCAGCUUUUGUUUUCAUCAUAGGUUUCUGGAUGCUGGAUCUUGCUAAUAACACCGUUCAGGGCCCCGCUCGAGCUCUCCUGGCUGAUUUAGCAGGCCCUGAUCAGAGGAACUCAGCAAAUGCUAUAUUUUGUUCAUGGAUGGCAAUUGGAAACAUCUUAGGGUUUCUAUCUGGUUCUAGUGGAAAUUGGCACAGGUGGUUUCCUUUCUUGAAAAGUAGAGCUUGUUGUGAGGCAUGUGGAAAUUUGAAGGCAGCUUUUUUAGUUGCAGUGAUUUUUCUUACAUUUUGCACACUGGUGACACUCUACUUUGCAAAAGAGAUCCCUUUAGCACCAAAACAGCAUAAAAAGUUAUCAGAUUCUUCUCCUCUUCUUAACAAUCAUCAGCAGACUGGGUCUGAAAAUUCAGACUCAAAACCGCUGACAAAUUCUGGUAAAUCAUCUGAGGAUGAAGAAGAAGAUCAAGGAUGCAUUCAGUGCUUAUUGUCAUGGCUCUCACAUGGUUGUCAUGGUUCCCUUUUUUCCUUUUUGAUACGGAUUGGAUGGGGAGAGAGGUUUAUCAUGGGGGACCCAAAAGGAGAUGCUGCCAAAGUUCAAGCUUAUGAUGAAGGUGUUAGAGAAGGUGCUUUUGGUUUGCUAUUGAAUUCAGUGGUUCUUGGUAUCAGCUCUUUCCUGAUUGAGCCAAUGUGUCAGUGGAUGGGUUCAAGGUUAGUCUGGGCGUUGAGCAACUUUGUUGUGUUUGCCAGCAUGGCAGGGACAGCUGUCAUUACCUUAAUUUCUGUUAAACAAUCUCAAGGAAAUCAAGAAGUUGUUGGAGAAAAUGAGGCAAUCAAGAAUGCAUCUUUGGUUAUCUUCGCCAUUCUUGGUCUUCCCCUUGCUAUCACUUACAGUGUUCCCUUCUCUGUCACCGCAGAAUUGACUGCUGAUACAGGUGGCGGCCAAGGAUUGGCAAUUGGAGUUCUAAAUCUUGCAAUCGUUAUACCUCAGAUGGUGGUGUCACUUGGUGCGGGCCCAUGGGACGCGUUAUUUGGUGGAGGGAAUGUUCCAGCAUUUGUUCUUGCUUCUGUAAGUGCCCUUGCUGCUGGUGUAUUUGCAUCGCUAAAGCUUCCAACUCUCUCAACCAACUCUUACAAGCCAACAGAAGUUGCCACGUGGCUUCUUCACACCAUCAUCACACUUCAAAGUUCAAACUCUUCAAAACUGAUCACCAUUCAAUCCUUAACGGAUAAAACCACCACCUCCAUCAUGGCAACGGCCUCGACUGCUACGACCACGACCACCACCCGCCUGCUAUCACCGACCACCACCUCCAUCGCCCAUCAAACGCUCCGUUCCACCUUAUCCUCCUUCACAAAACCCGCAUCCCUUAAAACUCUCAGACUAUCCACCAAACUCCACGUUUCUUCCCCUACCGACAAACCCAUUUCCACCACCACCACCACCAAACCCACCCAGGAAACCAUCUUUUUCGACGGCGGAGCACACUACGGUGACCUCGUAGCAAAUCUCCUCCUGGGUUUCACUCUCGUUUGGCUGCCACUCACUCUAGCCGCAGUUCUCAGAGGGUUUUUCUUGCGAUACAGAUUCACAAACUUACGGGUCACUGUGAUAUCCGGGUUAACGGGUCAGGACAGGAGUGAUUUUUCAUAUAAAGUCGUCAAAGAUGUUCAAGUUGUACCAAGGUUUAUUGGUGAAUGGGGUGAUGUGAUCAUCACUUUAAAAGAUGGAACUAAGGUUGAUCUAAGAAGUGUCCCCAAAUUUAGAGAAAUUGCAAAGUAUUGUUUAUCAAUGGUUGAGAAAAAAUCUGCUGAUGAAUUGGAAGAGAGCGGUGGGGCUAAAGGGUUUGAAUCUGGUUUAUGGUGGGUUUUCUUUGAUCAGAAGAGGGGAGCAGUAAAAGAUGACUCAAAAUGAGGGUGUAAAGAUGGAAAAAGGUAGUUAAUAAAAAUAAAGAAAAAGAUAUAAUAUGCAGAGAGAUAGCAACAGUAAUAGUAGCAUAUAUCUACUGCAUACUAUGACUUCAAAAAAGGCAACUCCAAUGUCCACAAGAACCCCACCCCAUGGAUCCAAAGCAAACCUAAUUUUUAUGUAUACUAUUUACAUUCUUUUUCGUAUGCAAACAAAAUAAAUUAUCUUAUUCUUUUUCUCUUAACAAAUGUCAAAAAUAAUUUUCAUUUAUUUAAUAUCUUUUCACGGUGAUAGAAUAAAGGGUUAAUUUUUUCAAGGUGAUAAAAUAGUAUUAAGUUU